AUGUGCGACCCAGAGGCUGAGCGAUGGACCGAUUCGGAACCACAGUCAAUGAAUUCUAGACAUACUGAUGAUGUGUCGGAAACUUUCAAUCAGUGCAAUACCGCUCCGGUUGGAUCCCCAGAUGAUACACACACCGAGUCGAAAAUGCAAGCUUACGAUACAUUGUCCGCGGAACUAACAGGAUUCGAUCGAUAUUUGUGCAGAUUGCACACCAAUUUGGAUUCACGUUAUCCCAUCCCAUCAUCCGUUGCUUCAGAACUGAGAAAACUACCGCCAUCGGGAUCGACAAAAUCGGCUAUUUUGGCCGCAAAACGUCUGGGACCCAGUUUUAUUCCUUGCAGUUCACAUCGAAUACCUGAAUCAGACCUAAUAAGUAACGAAGCGUUGAUGUUUGCACAGAAACGGGAAAUACCAAUCAGACUAAAAUCCAGAGAUUGGCGUGAGUUGUCAGAUGUCUUGCCUCCUAACACAUUUAAGUGUUCAGUCGAUUUGGAACUCAAAAGGCAGAUAAACUUAGUUAUAUAA